GUGCAAAGUCCAGCCCGAGCUUCGGGGAGAUAAGGUGGCAGUUAAUGUGUGAGAGGGUCAACCACAUCACAUGUGAUUUUUCUGCACAGAAAUGCUCCAAAGAUGGCGGUGGUAGUCGGAGUUACGCACGGCUCUGGGGCGCAUAAAAGUGGAUUUGUGGAGGUCCUGGUGCGGGAGCGGUGGCACAAAGUUUUGGCCAACUUGAACGAGGAAGCGCUCACGCUGAGCUGCGAGGAGAGCGGCGGCGGCGGCGGCGACUCAUUCAACGAGAAUUUCAACUCCAACGGCGUCACGAACGGAUCCUACCACGACAACAGCAACGCCAACUCCAAUAAUGGCCCCCAAAUUGUGCGCACCGCGUUCACGGACCUCCCGGAGCGAGUGCCCGAGGCGAUCGCCAACAGAAAGCGGUGCGUCAAGGUGACCAAGCAGGAAGUCGGGGGACUGGGGAUCAGCAUCAAAGGAGGGAAGGAGAAUAAGAUGCCCAUCCUGAUUAGUAAAAUAUUCAAGGGGCUCGCGGCGGACCAGACCCAGGCUCUGUAUGUCGGGGACGCCAUCCUCUCCGUGAACGGCAUGAACCUGCGGGACGCGACCCACGACGAGGCUGUGCAGGCGCUCAAACGGGCCGGGAGAGAGGUGACUCUGGAAGUCAAGUACAUGCGAGAGGCCACGCCGUACGUCAAGAAGGGCUCCCCGGUGUCAGAGAUCGGCUGGGAGACCCCCCCUCCCGAAUCGCCCCGCCUCGGCAGCCCACCUAUCACCUCCUCAUCGUCCUCCUCCUCGCUUGACCCCCCAAGCCCGUCCACGCAGUCCUCCCUGUCCCUGAGCGGAGACCGGAGGUGCAUACCGCUGAAGAUGUGUUAUGUAACCAGAGCCAUGACCACCCCGGACCCUGACAACAGGCAACUGGAGCUGCACUCCCCUGACACCAGGCACACCGUGGUGCUGCGAUGCCCAGACCAGCCAUCUGCCCUGUCCUGGUUCGCUGCCAUGCACUCGGUCACAUCAACGCUGGCACAGCGGGCGCUGGCGGAGGUCGUCCACAACACGGCCAGGACAGGAGUAGCUGGCAGCAAAGAGAUCCGACACUUGGGAUGGCUGGCAGGGAAGACUGAGAGCGAGAAGCAGAGCUGGAAGCCGGUGCUGGUGGUGGUGACGGAGAAGGAUCUGCUGCUGUUUGAUAGUUUACCUCGAGGCAAAGAGGCCUGGCAGAGCCCCGCGCACGUCUAUCCGCUCCUCGCAACUCGGCUGGUUCACUCCAGUCCGGACCGAGGGUCGCCUCACUCCGGCACCGAGCUGUUCUUCGCCACGCGGACCGGCACACGGCUCGGCAUCGAGACGCACCUGUUCCGGGCCGAGACCACCAAGGACCUCUCUUUGUGGACCAGACAGAUAGUGAACGGAUGUCACGCAUCCGCUGAGAUGAUCAAGGAAGUUUCCACAAGUUGUCUAUAUCGGGGGCAGGAGUGCCGGCUGGUGAUUCACUACGAGCAGGGCUUCUCGGUGCUGUCUGACCCCCGAGUGGAGGACGACGAGCUGAGCGGGGAGAGAGUCAUUCACACUCCGAGCAAGCCUCGAGCGCUCCUCUCCUACCCCUUCGAAAAACUAAAGAUGUCCUCAGAUGACGGCGUUCGCAUGCUCCUCCUCGACUUUGGAGGGAAGGAAGGGGAGAUUCAACUGGACCUCCACUCGUGUCCAAAGCCGAUCGUCUUCAUCCUCCACUCCUUCCUCUCUGCCAAGAUCUCUCGUCUGGGUCUGGUUGCCUGACAGCAUCUCUCUAAGGGGACGUUUUCCUCCUUUGAAAGCAGAAAACCACCAUGUUUUUAUACCUAUCGGCGGCCUGCGUGCAGGAAGCCGCCACAAACUCCAGCUGGUGGAAACCCAAGUUAAGUGAAUGUAGCCUUUGUCUGGAAAGACCUUUUUUGGGCCUCUAGCUCGAUUUUGAGGGGAAAAAAAAUAUAAAUAAAUGGGGAGAGCAGCUGAGAUUGGUCAUGCUUUGAGCUCUUGACAGGUGGCUUUUUUAGGGUAAAUGAUCCCUUUAACCACUGCAUGGACUGAGAUGUCGACUGAAGAACCACAGAAGGAAGCUUGGACUGGACUACAUGCAGAAGGACUGUAUAGAAACAGAUGGACACGCUGAAGACACACUGAAAGGAGCAGAUUGGGCAUUACCGUCACGUGCAGGAUUUGAAGGACUGGCCAUGUGUAGCAGGGUUGAGAUAAAUUUACUUUUAAUUCAAUCAAAAUGUAAUGGCAAUCUGCCUUCCAUUUACCAAUUAUAUAAUUUAUUUACCACUCCCUCCUGAGGGACAUUCCGAGUCGCAAUUGUCAUUUUUCUUCCAGAAACACUUGACACACUGUGGAAAAACUUUGUGCAUUUGUCUUUAUUAGCAUCCCCUAAGAUGUCUGGUUAGCAGCGUCAGCAUUCAUCAUUGAAACUUGGAGGCACACAAUUGGCUGCAGCGAUUCCCUCAGUGUGACGGCUCAUUCAAAUCCAAAAUGUCACAGUGCUUGAGUUUUCUGUUUGUUUGUUUGUUUUCAUCAACAGGUUGCAUCCGGUGCACAUUCGAUGGUCAAUGCAUUUCAAGAAUUGAGCAAAUAGUUGUUUAUGCAUAUGAUUAGUAUCCAAUCGGAAUAGGGCGGGCAGAGAGCUUUGGAGGUUCAGUAUGACUGGUUUGCUCUUGAUUUUUUUUAAAACCUAAAAGUCACAGCCUUCAUUUAUUUCAAACGUGUGAUUGUGUGAUGAAGACAAAUAUUGCGAAACCAAAAAUGUUCAAUAACAGAUGCAUAUAUGCGAGGGGGCUCAUCAUCCCACGCUUCGAAAAUCUCUUGGCUCGAACGGAGUUAUAAUUUGAUAUUUUAGGUAAAUAUGCUUUUUCAUUUUGCAUCUUUUCUACCCUCAUGAAUAUUUUAUUAUGAACUCUUAUUCAUUUUUGCCACAAAUUGUAGUUUUUCAAAUAUUGCACAAUAAAAUAUGUUACUAAUAUGUUGCCAUUGUGUGGCAAAAAACAAAUAUCAGGAAUUGUGGCACUUCUCUGGAGCCCCUGAAAGUUAAAUCCUUCAAAGAAGAAAACCAGUAUUUGAUCUGACAUGUCUAUUCAAACUCUGCAUCAGAUUCAAAGUGAAAUUUCGAAAAGCAACAAUUUGCACUGCAGACUAAACAUAGGGCGUCAGCUUCAUUUCAGCAAAAGAAUUAAUUACUUCAAAGUCCAUGUUCCGUAACACCAGCUCCAUGUUACCUCGCUCACCGGUUUUUAGUUUCAGGCUGAAAUAUUCACAGUCAAGUAGAACAUUUUGCUCUUAACUGUAGAGAAUGUGAGGAUUUUGUUCAAUAUGAGAUCAUUUUAAGUACCAUGGAAGAGCUGAAACACUUGAAAAACUCAGCUAAGUGAAGUCAUUCAUAACACUGGCAACAUUAAUCCCACAAUUUUUAAUAAAUCUGAUGUUUCUGCACAACAGCAGGCCUGCAAGGACAGUCAUGAAUACUAGUCACAUUUAAAAAAUUAAAAAAUACAGCUCAGUAUGGACUGAUUGUACUCCUGUGUGUAAAACUGAGAAGUAUACCCAAAACAUUUAAAAAAAAAAAAAAAAUGUUUUAGGAAGAUGCACGUCUUAGGUGCAUCCAAAAAUAUCUGACCUUUGAAGGGAACGGAACUAAUGUUAGGAACCACAGCAGUUCUCUCUCGCCACUGAAGUCCACCAAG